AUGGCCUCCCGCAAUACUCGAAGGAUACUGCGACCUCUCCUCUAUGGUACCGCUGCAGUCACAACCGUGGGUGCAGGCGCACUCUAUUUCUCUAUCCGCCCCCGCAACAUCCCCGGUCUCGAAGCUCCUGCGGUUCCACCACCGGGCUACCAUGAAGGCAAACUUGUGCCUCCUAGCUUUCCUAAAAUCAAGUCACGCUUGGAGCAAAUUCAAGAACUUAAGCGCAGUUCUUCCGGUGACGAUGCAGAUGUGUAUGACCUACUCGUUAUCGGCGGAGGCGCAACAGGGUCAGGAAUUGCACUUGAUGCGGCCACUCGUGGAUUGAAGGUUGCAGUGGUGGAACGAGAUGAUUUCAGUGCUGGAACAAGCAGUAAGAGCACCAAGCUUGUUCACGGUGGCGUACGAUAUCUAGAAAAGGCCGUGUGGGAAUUAGACUAUAACCAGUACAAGUUGGUGAAAGAAGCCCUAAGGGAGCGGAAGUACUUUUUGAACACCGCUCCCCAUCUUUCCAGUUGGCUCCCGAUCAUGGUACCGGUACAGAAGUGGUGGCAGGUUCCCUACUUCUGGGCUGGUACAAAAUGCUAUGAUUGGUUGGCUGGCUCGGAGGGAAUCGAGAGCUCCUACUUCUUGCCGAAGAGUAAGGCCAUUGAAGCAUUUCCCAUGCUUCGAAAGGAUAACGUCCUCGGUGCCAUGGUUUACUACGAUGGUGCCCACAAUGACUCGCGAAUGAACGUUUCACUUGCAAUGACGGCUGCACUAUAUGGUAGCACUGUUGUAAACCAUAUGGAGGUUACAGGUCUUACAAAGGAUACGUCGGGGAAAUUGAACGGUGCUAGGCUUCGGGAUUGCAUUCCCGAAAAGGAUGGUCAGCAAGCAGAGGAGAUUCCUAUCAGGGCGAGGGGCAUCAUCAACGCCACUGGCCCAUUUACCGAUUCCAUACGAAAGAUGGACGAGCCCGAUGUUCAGGAGAUUGUGGCGCCCAGCUCGGGUGUUCACGUUAUUUUGCCCGGUUACUACAGCCCUUCGAACAUGGGUCUUAUUGACCCAUCCACCUCUGACGGCCGUGUCAUAUUCUUCCUUCCCUGGCAAGGAAACACCAUUGCUGGGACUACGGAUGCUCCCACGGAGAUUACGCGCCAGCCUCAGCCGUCUGAGCAGGAUAUCAACUGGAUUCUCAAGGAAAUCAGAGGCUACCUGGCCCCUGACAUCAACGUUGACCGGUCUGAUGUACUUGCUGCCUGGUCUGGAAUUAGACCAUUGGUGCGUGACCCUAAGGUGAAGAGCUCUCAAGCUCUGGUCCGCAACCACCUCAUCAGCGUUUCUCCUUCGGGAUUGUUGACUUGCGCCGGAGGCAAGUGGACGACCUACCGCCAGAUGGCUGAAGAGGCUGUUGAUGAGGCGAUCAAGGAAUUCAAGCUCAAGCCCCGUGAGAUGCACGAUGCUCCGGAUAUCAGUGGAGUGGGUGGACGAGGCUUGGUUGCCGAUCACGCUUCACUGGAUGGCUCAUGCCAAACCCAUCAGGUGCGCCUUAUUGGAGCCCAUGGCUGGUCAAAAACUCUUUUCAUCAACCUCAUUCAACAUUACGGUCUUGAGACCGAUGUUGCCAGGCACUUAACCACGUCGUACGGAGACCGCGCCUGGCAGGUGGCAGCACUGUCCUCUCCGACUGAGACACGCUUCCCUGUCCGCGGACAGCGCAUCUCAGCCCUCUAUCCUUUCAUUGACGGCGAAGUCCGUUUUGCCGUUCGCCACGAGUACGCACAAACCGCAGUUGAUGUAAUUGCCCGGAGGACCCGUUUGGCCUUCCUCAACGCCCAGGCUGCCCUCGAAGCGCUUCCCACAGUGAUCGACCUGAUGGGCGAGGAGCUGCAGUGGGAUAAGAACAGGAAAGAAGUCGAGUGGAAAGAUAGUGUGCAAUUUCUGGCAUCGAUGGGUCUGGCCCCCGACCUCCUUAGUGUGACCAGAGAUCAAGUUGAGGGUGGCAAAAUCCAACAGUUGCUUGCUAGUGAGAGGGGAGCGUUUACAAGAACUGAAGCUCCUGCAGACGUGAUCGCAGAGACGCAUAACCCAGUAAUGGGUAGCGAGGCCGGAGCCAACAAAUAG